AUGAUCGAAUGCUUGGCUGAACAUUUCAUAAAAAAAAACAGGCUCAGCAACAUCAUAAAAUUUCUUUCUUUCUUUUCGUUCGUUCUUUCUUUCUUUCUUUCUUUCUAUCUCAGGCUAUUCUUUAUCUAUCUAUCUAUCUAUCUAUCUAUCUAUCUAUCUAUCUAUCUAUCUGUUAUGGUCCGGUUCCUUGUACCACGGUCCCAUAACACUAUCUAUCUAAUUCUCUCUGUUCUUAUCUAUCUAUCUAUCUAUCUAUCUAUCUAUCUAUCUAUCUAUCUUAUCUAUCUAUCUAUCUAUCUAUCUAUCUCAGUCUGUUCAUAUCUAUCUAUCUAUCUAUCUCAGUUUAUUCAUAUCUAUCUAUCUAUCUAUCUAUCGAUCGAUCUAAAAUCAUUUCAUGGCGACAACACGCCAAAAAAUAAGCCCUCUUCUAAUUGUACCUCUGUUCAUUUCUUUCUCUCUAUCUCUCUCCAUCAGUAUGUUCAAAGUAUUCAGCUGCUUCUAUCUAUCUAUCUAUCUAUCUAUCUAUCUAUCUAUCUCAGUCUCUUCAUUAUCUAUCUAUCUAUCUAUCUAUCUAUACCAGUCUCUUCAUUAUCUAUCUAUCUAUCUAUCUAUCUAUCUAUCUAUCUAUCUAUCUAUCUAUCUAUCUAUCUCAGUCGCUUUAUCUUAUUUUGUUCAUACGAGUUUUUAUUCAUAUCUAUCUAUCUAUCUAUCUAUCUAUCUAUCUAUCUAUCUAUCUAUCUAUCUAUCUAUCUAAUUCUCUCUGUUCAUAUCUAUCUAUCUAUUUAUUUAUCUGUCAAUCUAAUUCUCUCUGUUCAUAUCUAUCUGGCUAUCUAUCGAUCGAUCUAUCUAUGUAUCUAUUUAAUUCUCUCUGUUCAUAUCUAUCUAUCUAUCUAUCUAUCUAUCUAUCUAUCUAUCUCUUCUUGCUAUAAACGCCUUAUCACUCUCUCUAACAUAAAAUAUUCAGCUCUCUCUAAAUAUAUUCUCCUUUUCUAUCAAUCUAUCUAUCUAUCUAUCUAUACAGGUACACCAAUCUAUUCACCACUCUCUAUAUCGCAGUUUCGUUUUCUAUCUAUCUAUCUAUCUAUCUAUCUAUCUAUCUAUCUAUGUAUUUCAGGCCAUUCUUCAUCUAUCUAUCUAUCUAUCUAUCUAUCUAUCUAUCUCAUGCUGUUUUCUAUCUAUCUAUUUCCAGUCUGUUAUCUAUCUAUCUAUCUAUGGAUCCAUGCUAUCUAUCUAUCUAUCUAUCUAUCUAUCUAUCUAUCUAUCUAUCUCAGGCUGUUCUUUAUCUAUCUAUCUAUCUAUCUAUGGAUCCAUGUUGAUAUCUAUCUCUCUAUCUCUCUAUCUAUCUAUCUAUCUCUGGCUAUCUAUCUAUCUAUCUAUCUAUCGUACAUUGUUCAUAUCUAUCUAUCUAUCUAUCUAUCUAUCUAUCUAUCUAUCUAUCUAUCUAUCUAUCUAAUCCUCUUCUAUCUAUCUAAUCCUCUUCUAUCUAUCUAUCUAUCUAUCUAUCUAUCUAUCUAUCUAUCUAUCUUAAUCCUUAUCUAUCUAUCUAUCUAUCUAUCUCUCUAUCUCUCUAUCUCUCUAAUCCUCUUCUAUCUAUCUAUCUAUCUAUCUAUCUAUCUAUCUAUCUAUCUAUCUAUCUAUCUAUCUAUCCCAGCAUUCAUUGUUCAUAUCUAUCUAUCUAUCUAUCUAUCUAUCUAUCUAUCUAUCUAUCUUAAUCCUUAUCUAUCUCUCUAUCUCUCUAAUCCUCUUCUAUCUAUCUAUCUAUCUAUCUAUCUAUCUAUCUAUCUCUAUCUAUCUAUCUCAAUUUACUCCUAUCUAUCUAUCUAUCUAUCUAUCUAUCUAUCUAUCUAUCUAUCUAUCUAUCUAUUAUGUUCAUCUAUCUAUCUAUCUAUCUAUCUAUCUAUCUAUCUAUCUAUCUGUUUGUUAUCUAUCUCUAUGUUUCUCCCUGUUUUAUCUUUUCUUUCUCUCUCUUCCUCUCUCUUUCUAUCUAUCGCAAAAUGGAAAAAAUGA